AAGUUUCUCAUGGAGGGGAGAAUCAUUUUUAUUUAGUCCUAUAUUUUUAAUACAGACAAAACCUGUCCAAUUCCUUCCUUAAAUACUCAUCAACCCAUCAUUUCUUUAUGUGUGCUUUCAAAUUUACCCAAGAUCCACCAAAGGUCAACACUCUUCUAGUUUCCCUUAGAAUCAGAUCUUCACUUUCUCACCACAUCAUGAUCAGAACACUACCCAGGAAGUUGAAGCUCAAGAACAUCACCAAUGGUACUUUGAUUCAAAAAAGCAGCAGAUUCUAUGCAACGGUUGGUGGAAGAAGGCUAGAAGGAAAAGUGGCAAUCAUAACAGGGUCAGCAAGUGGACUUGGAAAGGCUACAGCCCAUGAAUUUGUCCAACACGGGGCCCAAGUCAUAAUCGCCGACACUGACACUAAACUUGGGCCACAAGUUGCAAAACAAUUGGGCCCUUCAGCACAGUAUGUUGAAUGUGAUGUCACCGUUGAGGCCCAAAUAGAAGAAGCUGUAAAUGUGGCCAUCACAAACUAUGGUAAACUAGACAUCAUGUACAACAAUGCUGGUAUAACAGGCCCAAUAAGCCCACCAAGCAUAACCGAAUUGGACCUUGAUGAAUUUGACAAAGUUAUGAGAAUCAAUGUAACGGGAAUCAUUUCGGGUAUAAAGCAUGCGGCCCGUGUGAUGAUCCCAAAGGGCUAUGGGUCCAUUAUAUGCACAUCAAGCAUAAGUGGGCUAUUUGGUGGGCUUGGGCCACACCCAUAUACAAUAUCAAAGUCUACAAUACCUGGGGUGGUGAAAUCUGUGGCUAGUGAACUAUGUGGAGUUGGGAUUAGAGUCAAUUGUAUAUCACCAGCUGCAAUUCCUACACCAAUGUCAUUGACUCAAGUUGGAAAAUUUCUUCCUGGUUUUACCCAAGAACAAAUAGCUGAAGUUGUGAGUGGGCUUGGUGUUCUAAAAGGUGCAAAAUGUGAGGACAUUGAUGUGGCUAGGGCUGCAUUAUAUUUAGCUUCGGACGAAGCCAAGUUUAUUUCGGGUCACAAUCUCAUAGUUGAUGGAGGGUUCACCUCCUUUAAAAAUUUUGUGUUUCCUUCUCCGGAUAAAACGGUCUAACCAGAAUUUUAAAUUGCAGUUGCAUAAAAUUAUGAACAAAAUAAGCUAUUGAUGUAGUGGUGAAGUGAUUGCAAUGCAAUUACGAAGACCUCGAAAAUAUUUGUAUUAUGGUUGAUUUUUAAAUUUGUUGGAGCAUUUAAUUUUUUAUUUAA